UUUUUCCUAUUUCCUCGACCAUACGGAACCCCUUUCUCUGCCUUAAUAAUUACCAUUAUUGUUUUUUUUUAGAGUACAUAUGUACAUACUCAAACUCUCAAAGUAUUUAUCACAAAUAAUGUUAGAUACAUAUUUGUUUUAUAGAAUUUUCACCGAUGGACCAUAGAGAUUUAGAAUCAGCAGGAGUGUCGAAUUUUGACGAUGAUGAUACCCAUUUUUGCCUGAAAUGUCAAAACACCGUAGUAGGGCUAGACAACUACAUCCUUCAUAGGCGCUCGAAAUGUGGAGGUUGCAUUGUGAACAAUUCCAGCAGUAAAGAAAAUGACAGAAACGCUAUCCCUACCGAAGCAGUCGUGGAAAAUACAGUCGAAACUCCUGUGCCAAGUGCACUGGACUUCUUCAGCUCCCUCGAGUUGAUGAGCAAGCAGGCCAGGCUGGAAGAGUUUGACAUAGACUUUGACAUUCCACCGUUGACAAAGUCUGGUCUUGAAAUUUCCAGCAAAGGCAACAGCUUUUUACGAAUCACAGAUCUGGAGCUUGAGCCCAGCACUUUCAACAUAGACAUUGUGGACAUCAAUAAAGUUCGAAGAGGAAAUUUCGACUCCCUGGCUGACCUGAACCUGAUGCAGGAGGACAGCAUCAUCGGCAUCGACCGAGGCAGGUCCAUCCUUGACUCGGAUAUUUUUUCCACCACCCCAAUUGAGAAAAUGAGCCUUCCGCCUGCUGCAGAAGAUAUAUUAGAGCCACUUGCAGUCAAGCAAGUGCAGUUGCCACCUAUCCAGUCUUCAGGCAAGUGGAUGCCGGGGAAGAAUGAUCACCUGAUAUCAGGCAGCACCAUCCACUAUUUCUGCAGGACCUGCAACCGUAACCUCUCGAGCAGGACGCAGUAUGAAAAACAUCUCAGAAGCGAGCUGCACUUUAAGAGGAAGACUGAGAAUUCUUUUUACGAAAUGGAGCAAGAGUUUCUCUUGCCGGCGGCCAGGUCAAAGAGGGGCAGGCGCAUGUCUGAUGCUAAAGCAAAGGAGGUUGCAAAGCCGGUUGCGGUGAAGUUGUGCGAAAAAAUCCCUGGGCCCAAUAAGAAAUACAAUUCCUGCGAGAUCUGCAACAUCAAAGUGCCGUCGAUGCUUUUUGGCAAGCACCUUCUCUCCCACUACCACUACAUCAAAGGCUGUCAGAAUCCUCAGCUGGCAAAGGAGCUGGUGUUGAACAACAUUGACAAAGUUGUCAAACACUUUUCUUUCCAAUGCCAUCUCUGCCACUUUUACUGCAACAUGAUGGAUGACUUUCUUGCACAUUUUGAAUCAGACUUGCACCUAACUAAAAAUGAAAUGUCAGAGGGAAAGUUCUUCUGCCAGCAGUGCAAGUUUGAAGAGUCUGCGAAUGAGAGCAUUGAAAGUCACUUGCGGACUGAGGAGCAUCAGCAAGUCGUUGCAGCUUUGAACCAGUCUGUGCCAAUCGUGAUCAGGAAAAGAUCAACGCCGUUCACAUGCACUCUCUGCAGCUCAAAGUUCAGUCUCAACUUCCAACUGAAGAGGCACUCCUUCAAGGACCACGGCAUCUCGGCAGCACCCUUCCAAACCUUUUCUUGCAAGCACUGCAGUUUUACCUGCAAUAAGCGAAGAUCUCUGCAGCGCCACUGUAUUGGCAGACACAAAAAGAAGGGAAAAAAGAAGCAGAUUUUGAACAUGCCAGACCAUUAUUUUUGUGAAGUUUGUGAUAGAAGCUUCCAGAGCAAGGAAGAAGUUGUCUUGCACAGAAGACAGCUGGAGUGUAGAGAAAAGCGUGCCACCACCAGAGGUGUGGACACAAAGCAGUUUUGCCGGAUUUGCCAGGGCGUUUUUGACACCUUGGUCGAGUUUAAGCAGCACAUGACUGAACUCCAUCCUGGAGCUUUGCAUAGAUGCCACAAAUGCAAUCAAUGCUUCGCCAUUUCCCAAGAUCUUUCUCGCCACUCCAGAGUUUGCAAAUUGUCACCGGGAACAGUAGACAGACGAAAGUUCUUUUGCACCACUUGCCAGAAAUCAUUCACCAGAAUUAGAAAUUUGGUUUACCACCAGAAGAACGUGCACGGCCAGACAGAGCCAAAGAGUAUCAUCCUGAAGUGCGAGAAGUGCUCAUUCUCUACGUUUAAAAGAUCACGUAUCAUUAAACAUUUGUCAGCAAUUCAUUUUAAGGAAACUCGCACCAGGGAAUGGAUGUGCGAGAUCUGCGAUAAAAUGUUUUUUGAAAAGGAACACUUGAAACUGCAUAGGAAAAUCCACUUUCCUAAAGAACUUCAGUGUGGUGUCGAAGGCUGCGGUUUUAAAGCCAGUCAACCAUCAGUUCUGAAAAAACACCAGCAAAAUAUGCACGAAGAAGGCUCUUUCAAAUGUGAAACCUUGAAUUGCUCCUUUGUUGCUGCCACUAAAUUUGGAAUGAAAAGACACAGCCAGAUACAUGACAUUGAAAAGACUGAAGCUUGUGAUUUGUGCUCCUCAAAAUUUUCCUCUAAAAAGGCUUUGGAAAAUCACAAGUUCAACUCUCAUAGUAGACUCAGACCCUUCAUGUGUCCACAUUGUGACUUAGAUUUCAAGGAACCUUUCAUGGUGAGAAAUCAUAUUUUAAAAACGAAAAAGCAUUCUGGCAAGUUUGUCUACAACUGUCUUCUGUGUGAAAUGAACUACACCACAAAUUGCGCCAAAGAGUUUAAAUGCCAUCUCCAAUCAGCGCAUUCAAUCAUCAAAUUUCAGAAUGGAAGUGUACUUGGGUAUUGUAAGGGAUUUCUUGAAAAUAGGGAGAAUGGUGGCAACAGAAAAAUUGUUGACGUUACGACUGAAUAAAUGAUUACCAUGUGAAAA